UCGUCGGACCCUCGCCAUCGCCGGCGCGUCGCCGGCCGACGAUGCCCUGCCGUGGGAGCGAGUACCGCCGUAGUGUUGCUGCACACAUGCACGCGAGAGCACCGACUCGCCGGCGAUGGUUGUUCACCGUUGACGUAUCCACCUCCGUCGUCGUACCUCAUUUAUUUAAAAAGGCAGCUCUCGCGCGCGCGCGCGCGCUACAUUUUAUUACGAUUAUACGAUAACGAUAACGUUACAAGGCGCCCCCGCGGGUUAGUGAACGUGACAGAGUCGCGGCGCCAGCACCUGCCUUAAAAACAAAAAUAACGAAAUAUAUAUAUAUAUAUAUAAAUAAUAAUAACACAACAAGAAAACAACAAAACACCUGCAACAAUAUUUUCGGUUACUAUUAACGAAACGAGUUUAUCAACGGUAUCGUAUCGCUGCACGGUGUGUGUCACUGGUCGAUCGUUUUUUUUUUUUUUUGGAUCUUUUUUUUUUUCGCCUCGUUUGUAAUCGUUCGAAAUUCAUCGGUAAAAGUUAUCGGAGUUCUUCGAUCGAAUGAUAGAUCGGGUGCGUAUGUAUUGUACAUGACAACGAUAACGACAAUUGUGGGUGAAUAAUUAAUGAGGUAUUCCGGAGAGGAAAUUUAUUUCGCCAGUGUAUCGAAGGUAGAUUUUUGGUUUACGGGGAGCAUCGCACGCAAUUUGUGAUCUCACGAUAUGGAUAUUCGACGAUAUCGAUGUUACGGUAUUCGUCACGUGUGAUCGUCGCGACGUCAUCGAGUGGUUUACUUUUUGUGUACAGAAAAUAUCACGACAAAAAAGUGUGCAGGUACGAGUGACGGUUCCGUACGCAUAGACAUCCCCAUGGACAAGGUGAAAACCUGCAUUUCACGGAUGAGGGCGCGCUUUUGGAUGACCGCCUACCAAGUGUCCGUUCGAAAAUCAACGAAUUAUCAUCACCCGGUAGAUCGUGCCAGCCGUUGAUUCGGGGGUGGAUUAUAAUACAGUUCAUGUUUAUACUUAUUGUUUGUUUGAUUUUUUGAUUUUUCGUUCUAUCGUUUCUCCUUUUCGGCGUUAAGGAAAUAUUAAAUAUACAUACAGUGCUCCGUUUGUGCGUGUGCGCGUUACGUACAUAUACUUGCGUUUUUCACCCCAUCGCGGAAUUGGCGUGAAUAUAAAAAAAAAAAAAAAAAGUAAUUAGAAAUCACGUGGAUCCACGUCGCUCGAUAGAUCGUUGACACAGUAUUCGGCGGAAGUGGCAGAAUCCGGAUCGUCGUUCGCGGGGGUUCCUGGAUCCGGGGUCGCCGUGGCGGGGGCGGAGAUCCUGUCCCUGCCGGGAGUCGCAUCUGGAGGACCCGGUGGAACGAAAGGAAUAUACGGAGGCGCGGGUUCGCCCGGAGGCGGAGGUGCAGCCUCAGGAGUAACGAGUGCAGGUCUGGCCGGUUUGGACAGCGAGGCGGUGCGCCGUUGGGUUGCGGAGGCGGCGAGAUCGGUACAGAGACAGAUACCGAUACCUCCACCGGUCCUAGUGCCCGCCGUAACCUUCCUAACGUCGUCGAGCGUUGCCUCGAUGACUCAGACGCCGAACAUGCAUCUUCUCGAGAACAACAAUCAGUUGGCCGAGGCGAUGUCCGGGGGCCAAACGACGCAGCACAACAAUCAGCACCAGCAUCAGGGAUCCCUCAAUCAGCAUCACCGCAACGUUCAGCAACAGCAGGGUAGUCCCCAGCAGCAGACUAUGACCGGUGUCAAUAACCCGCAUCACGCCGUACAACAGAAGCAAUCGAGUCCGACGAACAACAACACGAUAGAGGCGUGGAGGUCGGCCCAAGGUGGCGGAAUUCAUCAGUGGUGGAGUCCGCCGGUUUCCGGUAUCGUUCAACAUCAGGAUCAGCUUCCGGCUACUCCGGUGCCCGCCAUGAUGAGGGUCAGAUCGAGAUCCAGGUCCAGAUCGCGUUCGAGAUCCGGAGCACGGGAUCACCAACCGCCGGAUCAGCCGCUGGACUUCUCCGUUGGUUCGCUCCAGCAGCAGAGGGCUGUUAAUUUUCAAGCGGCGAGAGCCCACGUCGCCGCCCAGGCCGCCGUCAGAAUGAUGCACGAAAGACUUCAGGGUAGGGCGAACAUUAGGAAUAACAACAACGGGAAUAACGUUAGGCAGAAAAUAUCAAGCAAUAGCGGUAGCAGCGCGGUUAGCAGGAGGAGCUAUAGUCCCAGCGAAAGAAGCUCCAGCGGAAGCGAAGACGAAGGUGUUUCUACGGGAGGAAGUCCUCCGGGACCUUUGAGAGGCGCUGAAAUCAACGACGUAUGCGGUGACCCGAUGCUCGAACGACCCUACGGUAAAAUUUGGCUGGGAGACAACGACGCGCCAUGGCGUACGGAUAGUUUGUUUAAAAGAACGCCGACGUCGUUGGUACCAACGAGUGGGGGUGGAGCGCCCCCUCACCUGCACCCUAAUUUAUCGCCCCCCAUAGCUGCCCCCGUGACGAGUCCCGACCUCGGUACGUCGGCGACGCUUCAUGCGAAACUCGGCAUCUCACCAGCCAGCGACGCCCUCGGGAGAAUCGAUAAGGAGCCCGAACCAGCAUCCCCGCAAUCCAUAGACGAUGCCGAUCUUCACGGGGAUGUCGACGGACCGGACCUCAGCGGAGAUGACCGGAGCAUCGGUAGCGACAUUCGAGAUGCUCAGGAAUCGGCGAAUCUUGAUCACGAUUCCAUGGACUCCGACCGGGAAGCCCUCAACCUGGUCACGGACGUCUCGCAACGCAACAGCAGCGGAGGUACCAGCGGCAGCGCGUCAUCCCCGAGUUCCGGGGUCAGCAGUCAGCUGACCGGAAGUCACGCGGGUACCAAUGUGAACAAUGGUACCCACGGUGGAAAUUCUCAAGCGGCGUUGGCGGCCCAACUCGUAGGACAGCAACUACUGAUGCACAAUUCCUUCGGGGCGUUAAGCUCGCAAGAAAUUCAAGCGCUCGCUUCAACGCUCCAACAACAACAGCACACGCUUCAACAGCAGCUACAACAAUUCGCUCUUUUUCAACAAGCGAAUCCGGCGGCGGCGGGACAACUUCCGGCACAAGCGCAAUUCUUCUUGAGAAAUCAGGUGCAGCAGGCUGUAGCUCAGGCCGCGCAACAGUUGCAGGCGUUACAAAAGCAGCAAACGUUGCAGAGUUCCGGGGGCAGCGGAGGCGGAGGAGGAGGGGGAGGAGGAGGAGGAGGAGUAACGGGAAGCAGUGUUGAAGGAGGAGGUGGUGGAGGUGGAAGCGUGAGAAGUAUGGGCCAGCAGAGAUCGCCUCCUCCACCGGGAACCCCGCCAGCGGUAAAACCACCCCCGACGAGACUGGAACCGUCGCCCGAAGAAACGACGGACCUCGAAGAGCUUGAACAAUUCGCUAAGACGUUCAAACAGCGGAGAAUAAAGUUGGGUUUUACCCAAGGUGACGUCGGUCUAGCUAUGGGAAAAUUAUACGGGAAUGAUUUUUCGCAAACGACUAUAUCGAGGUUCGAAGCGUUGAAUUUAUCCUUCAAAAAUAUGUGCAAGCUUAAACCUCUACUACAAAAAUGGCUAGAAGACGCUGACAAUUCGCUUAAUAAUCCUAAUUCAUUAUCGAAUCCUUUAACUACACCCGAAGCGAUCGGGAGACGAAGGAAGAAAAGGACGUCCAUUGAAACUAGUGUACGUGUAGCCCUCGAAAAAGCUUUCCUACAAAAUCCUAAACCUACCUCAGAAGAGAUCACCAUGCUAGCCGACAGUCUUGCCAUGGAAAAGGAAGUCGUUCGCGUAUGGUUCUGUAACAGGCGACAAAAGGAGAAGCGGAUAAAUCCACCGACGGCUGCGAUGGGAAGUCCUACCAUGGCGUCUCCGGCACCUUCGGUAUUCGCAUCCCUUGCGGGUUCCAUGUCAGGUAGUCCUUUAGCCCUUACGACCCACGCGACGACACACGUAGGUUCCCACCCCCACCAACAUUCCCAUUCCCAUUCCCUCACCCACUCGCAACACACGACACACGGUCAUUCCACGGGUCACGGGAAUUCAUCCCUUGGAUCGCCCCUGCCGCUUGCUUUGGUUGCUACUGCGGGUGGCAGUUAUCAUACGACCGGUUCAAAGACUCACGAGUGACAUCAGCCCUCCCAGGCGGAGGACGCUCUCUAUAAUUCUCACCAACCCAGAAGUCAACAAUCCGCUCACGUUCACCCUCACCAGAAUCACGUCAACAACAGUCAUCAUCAUCAACAGCAACAACAUCAUCAUCAUCAUCAGCAACAGCAACAGCAACAACGACGCUUGUGCAAUCUCACAGAGUUUUAUCACUAAAUUACUAACUACUACUACUACUACUUACUACUACUUACUACUUACUACUACUACUACUACUACCACUACUACUACUACUACUACUAUUUGCUGAUGCUAUUAACGGACAUGCGACGACGUGUACGACCGAUACAAUCGGUUCGAAAAUUAUUUAAAGUCACACAAGAAGUGCGAGAAACGGGGGAAGUUAAGGAGGAAUGAGAGGAGGAAAAAUGAAGUGUCCAAGACGCGGAUGAGCGGAGCGUUUUAAUGAACGACAUAAGACGGUACAACCUUACAACAUAUUACUACUUAUUUGGUCGACGGUCGUCAGCGGUUAGAGGAAUUUAGAGAUAAAAAAGGUACAGGUAGGGGACUAAACCGAAUUGUGGGGGUAUAGAGCUAGUCCGUUCUUCGUAUUACUAUACAUUUAUUAUUAAUUAUUAAUUAUAAAGACAUACAUAUAUUAUCUAUUAUGUAUUUGAAAGACUUUUCAGAAUUUAGUUGAGGAUACGCAUAUAUACAUAUAGAAAUUUCAUUGUAAAUAUAGUCGUAACAUCAUACACAUGUAGGAAAAAUUUCGCAAUCAAUAUAAUUAAUUAGCGGGAGAAUUAUUAUCAUCACCAUCGUCAUUAUUACUAUUAUUAAUUAUUAUUAUCGUUAUUUUAUAAUAAUUAUAAUUAUUACUAUUAUUAUUAUUGUUGUAGAAGUUUUGAAACCGACAUUCAUUAGGACAUUAAAACAUCGUAACAUGUACAUUAAUUUUCUCGGAUCAGUAAGUAGGACUUGCAGCUGAACCCCAAUUAAAAGAAACAAAAAUGUUAAUAAUAACACAAACGUUCCGAACGAGAAAACAAAAAAUCUUUUCAACGGAUUUUUGUAGUCUUGUUUGUUCUGUGAAAACGUUGUUGACGUAUAGUGAUGAUUUAUACUAUUUAAAAUUAGUUCAUAUAUUUUUUGGGGCUCAGUUCGUAAUUCUUUAUCAAGAAGACUUUUUUGAGGCGAGUUUGAGGAAUAUUUUUUUUUUUUUUUUUUUAACAUGAGACGCAGGCCGUAAUUAUUCGUGCACACAUAAUAGGAUUUGAAACGAAUUGAUUGAAUUUUCCAUCAAAUUCAAUGAGAUUAUUUAAUAGGUAUGAUUUUACAGGAAAAAGUAAUGAUGAAAGUUAUAACCAAAGAUAGAAAAAAGCGAUGAUGCGAUUACAAAAUGAACAAUUUGCAUCUGAAAUCUGUUUUUGAAGUGGGUCAAUGAUUCGAUCAUGUUAAAAUGAGUAUAUUUGUACAUAUAAGUAAGGUUCAUAGUCGUGCAGGUUCCCUUAUAUGAAUGCGUAAUAUAACAUUGCAAACGUUAUAUUGUAAAUUACGGUUGCGAAUCACAAUUAACCAGUUUACGAUUCAGUUUUAGAUAAGGCAUGAGAAACGACAUGAAUAUCAUACCCGAUAUAUGUAACUAUAUACCUAUAAUUGAUUCAUUUAUUUACUCUGACUUUUUUAGUGUCGCGGAUCGGUAAUCGCUAAUAAACACACUCGACGCGAUGCGAUCACGCUAGAUAAGAUAAGAUCACUGUAAAUUUUAUUUUUUCUUUUCCAAUUAGUUUUUUUUCAACUGACUUUGUUAGUUUUUUUUCCGUAGCGCAUGUCUUGAUUGAAAAUAAGUGCGAUUUUUUACAGAGAAAAAUUGCUAACUAGUCACCAGCAAAUAAAUAUCAGUUUAACAUUUAUUUGGUGGUGGGUUCAGUCUGACAAUGAAUACGGAUUUUGAAUAAUAGAGUAACCAAACGGAUGAACGGAAGAAUUGAAUUGGAGAAAAAAAAAAAAAAAAUCAAACGUAAGAAAUAUAUAGAAAAUUUGAAUGAGAAUCUUCUUAUCGCAAUCGCUAAACGUACGUGACGAAUGUUUUUACGUCUUCGCUGUUUCGAGUGUCGCAUAUCUAAUUGUACUUUGAUUAUAAAUAAACUUAUUGUUAGAUAUACAUAUUACGUACUAUACUAAAGGUGCUUACGAUCAUUGCACAUCGUUGAUUUCUCGGUAUUCAUCCUCUGAUUAUUAAUCAUUCAGUAUUCUUAUUGAUCACCGCAUAAUAUUAAUAUGAUAUAUAGAGUUAUGUAUAUUCGAAACUUGACACAGUGACGCAUGGACGAAUAAAAUACGUCACGUACUUUAGAAAGAUAUCUACACAUAUAGCGUGUGGUUUCCAUCGACGUGAGUCGAGAAACCAAAUCGCUAUAAUCAACUGCAUAAUGUGUAAAAAUUUAUUUAUUAUCCGCUACAAUUAACUCAAUUCGGUCGAAUGAUUAAUUGCUUGAUCUACCUAUACGUUGUAAUUUCAUCAACCAUACUAGACCUAUUUCACCGUAUGUAAAUUGAAAAAAAAUAAUUAGAAAAACCAACUAAAUUGAAAUGAACAAAAAUAUUAAUCGUACAUUCGCUAGUCAUCUCAUACAAUAUACGAGAACAAAAAAAUAAUAACAACGAUACAAACUAUAUUAAACAAAAAUCAUCUGUGCACGAAAUAUCGCUGAUUACAAAAGAUUUUUUUCCCUUAAAUAAACUUCAAAUUCGCCUGUACUCAUUCCAAAGUAAUUUAUUUCAAUUUUCCUUAGAAGUUCUCUUCAAUUUUUUUUUUUUUAUCUUCGUAUUCUCUAAUUUAAUUUUAUGUUUCUCUUUAUUUGAAAAAAAUUGGUUGUAUGUUACGAAUGAUAUUGCGGAUAUUUUCGCAUGUACUUUAACUAAAUUAUAAUUUUUGUUUACAGAUAGGUAUGUAUGUAUGUCCGUACAUGUAUAUUACACUGGUCGCGCAAUAUGUAAAUACACGAGUGUGUAUAAUGCAUCAUAUUUAUAUGUAUACGUAUAGUUAUGUACGUAUCAUGUGUUUCUAUAAACGAGAACUACAUAUAUCACAUUAUUACUUUAGGUGUAAGCAUUGAGUAUACAUUAUAUUACAUGAUACAAUUAUGAUAAUCGUAAUAAUAACAAUAAUAACAAAAACAACAACAACAAUAAUAAUAAUAAUAAUAAUAAUAUUACAACACAUGUAUUGUAAAUAGUAGGAUAUUCAAAAUAAUAAUAAUUAUAAUAAUAUAUUAGGAAUAAUAAUUUUCAAUAUCGAUAAUUGAGACGUGAUGUAACGAUCGUCAUCGAGACGUGCGGACAAAAACAUCAAAACAAUUGAAAGAAAAUUUUUAAUCAAAAUUGACAGAAGAACCUAUGGAUAUACAUACAUAUAAUUACAUAUUAUAAUUAUAUAAUAUUAAUUAUUGUAUACAAUGGGAGAUUUUUUAUAGCACAAAAAAAAACGAGAGAAAGAAACAAUGAAAAUCAAUAAAAUCAUGUCGAAUGAUUUAAUAAUGAUAACAUUACAAAUAACAUAAGUAAUAAUAAUAAUAAUAACGAUAAUAAUAUUAAUAAUAAUAACAUAAACAACGGUGUACAUAUAUACGUGCGUGCGUGCGUGAAUCGAAUCGAAGAUGUGGACCAAGUAUAAAUAUGUAAACGCAAAGUAAGAAAAAAACAAAAACAAAAAGUUCCUAAUUAUCGCAUCGGCACUUGACAUGCGUAAUAAUAAUUAAAUAAA